CGCCCCGCAGUACAAACGCAAUCUAUCUGAGCUUUUGGACAUCAGCUCGAAAGAAAUUCGUUGGAAACAUUUUUCCAUCUACUGGCAGUGUCGUCGCAACAUGGUUUGAUGUGCAGAUAAUGGGCACAGGCGACCGACUGUUGGACAUCCCGUGCAAAGUUUGUGGGGAUAGGAGCUCCGGCAAACACUACGGCAUAUACAGUUGUGACGGCUGUUCGGGGUUUUUCAAAAGGAGCAUUCACCGGAACCGGGUGUACACGUGCAAGGCACAGGGCGAACUCAAAGGCAGGUGCCCCAUUGACAAGACUCACAGGAACCAGUGCAGGGCGUGCCGGCUCAACAAGUGCUUCCAGUCGGCUAUGAACAAGGACGCCGUGCAACACGAGAGAGGUCCGAGAAAGCCCAAGUUGCAUCAUCACCACCAUCACCAUCACCAUCACCAGUCGCUUAAGGAAGGCAUGCAGCCGGCCGGCAACCAGCGGACCGUCAAUCAGAUUCAGCUCAACGCCGAGCACAUGAUCCAGAAGACCACCGCCGUCGGAUAUCCAAAACCUUCGCCCAUGGAGACGCCUCUGCCUCCGGUGCCGCCUCAACACCAGCAUCCGCCUCCUCUGCCCCCGCCGCCACCGCCAACCAUGUUACCGCCUACCCCGCCACAAGGGCACGUUUUUCUCGGCCAGCAGCAGCCACCCCCUCCCCCGGGACUACUGCAGAUACUCAUGUCCGCCGAGAAAUGCCAGGAGUUGAUUUGGAGUGCAAAAAUGUCAGAAGCUUCCUCGCCAAUCGGCAUACCACAAUCCAACAGUCCUCCGGGCGCCUUAUCGCUGUCACUGUCGCCGACUUGGGAAGUUUUGCAGGAGACCACGGCUAGGUUGUUGUUCAUGGCUGUCAGAUGGGUCAGGUGUUUGGCUCCGUUUCAGACACUUUCCAAGCACGAUCAGUUGUUGCUGUUGCAAGAGUCGUGGAAAGAACUGUUCUUGUUGCAUUUGGCCCAGUGGUCCAUACCUUGGGACUUGUCGCCGCUGUUGAACUCCGAGAAAGCCCGGGAAAGACUUCCGGCCGACGACCACAAGGUCAACAACGAGAUGAAGAUCAUUCAAGAGAUACUGGCGCGUUUCCGGCAGCUAUCGCCGGACGGAAGCGAGUGCGGCUGCAUGAAAGCCGUCAUCCUUUUCACACCGGAGACCCCGGGGCUGAUCGACGCACAACCCGUAGAGAUGUUGCAGGAUCAAGCGCAAUGUAUCCUGGGCGAUUACGUGCGAGGUCGGUAUUCCAGGCAACCGACUCGGUUCGGUCGUCUGCUCCUAAUGCUGCCCAAUCUCCGGGCGGUCCGUCAGGCCACCAUCGAACGGCUGUUCUUCAAGGAGACCAUCGGCGACAUACCCAUUCAGCGGCUCUUGGGCGACAUGUACCACAUGGAAAAAUCGUACGCAUAACUAGAACGGCAUCGAAAACAUAUUAAUAUCAAUAUUAGUACAAUAUUGUUAUGCGUCCAAAUCGCAAUCAAGUCCUUUUGUUGGUUAUCGUUUGGCUUUUGUGUUUUUGCAGCAAAACAAAUACAAUCGAUUAGAUCUGAAAUGACAAAAGUUACAUAUUAUUGUCUAAGUAUUAUUACAUACAACUAGUUCUAUAGUCUCUUGUUACCACA